UGGUGUAGGAAAAUAUUGCCCACAGCAGACCGCUUGGCAGUGAAGACGGCUGGCGGUAGACGCUGCGGUAACCCGUUUCCAGAAUCUACUGUGCAGUUUUCUCGCCAACACUAAGUACGUAUUUAAGAUUAUUCAUCCUUUUUCUAACAAUGGAUCUUUAAACGAACGUUUUACCAUCAGCCGAUCUUUCUAUGAAGACGCAAAAUGAAGGCUAACCUUACAACAGAGCACUGAAUAAUAAAAGCACAGCAGCUAGCUAGCUCGGGCUGCAUUCAAAGGUCCAUCCUUUAGGUGGGUGUUAAUAAAAUCUAUGCUGAGUUUAAUUAUCGUCAUUAUCGCUUUCUUAAUUUAACAAGUCAAACUAUUCAAGUCUGUGACGCGGAAGAUUGCAAAGCUAAUCCCAUCAUGUAAUGUUAGGUAAUGUUAGCAGGCUAGCAAACGUGAACGUAACCCUCCGGAUUUCAGCCAAAUAUGUGCAAAAAUGAGCCGAAGAGGAGCAAGAAGAAAGGCAAAUUUAGGCUGUCAUUAAAAGUUGUAAGAAUCAAGAUCUCAAACAGCAUUGUGUCCUAGUUUAUUCACAUCUCUGAGCGAAGGUUUUGGUGGCUAAUAUUGCCACGAAGUUGCCUGUUUGAUGGUCAUUUCACACCGUGAUCAAGCUUAUUAUGGUCCCAAACAGCAAAUACAAGAUACUCUCAAACUGAGUUAUAAUGAUAAAUAAUAAUCAAAUUAAUCUGUGAGUUAAAUGAAUUUAUAGAAGAGAAAAAUGGUUAGUUUUGGCAAUCAUUUGCUGCAUCCUGAUUCAAACCUUUUAUUGUCUGUAGUAGAUGCCAGUGGAUGAUAUUAUGAGAUGUCAUCAUCCAAUGCUUUUCUUGGCUCUUUGUGUAUUCAGUAUUACCUUAAAAUAAAACUACCACUUAAACUAACAGAAAUCAGCAUAUUCAAAAGAUGAAAACUGAGACAUUUAACUUCAUUAAGUCUCAUAAAUCAAAUAAUAGGAACUGGAAUUGGCUCUUGAUGUGAUUUGAUAUUCCAUCAUCUAGAUUGGUAUCAGCCCCAAGUUUUGCAUCCUCAGUCCUAACUGUGGGAAUUAAGCUUUCCGCCCAAAAGCUGAUUAUUAAAUUUCUAACCACGAUUCCUGAAAGUCCUGUCUGGUUUUAAAGAGAGAUAGAUAAGCCGAGUUUAGAUCAGGAUCUAAAGAUGCAAGAUAAAAGCUUCAACUUUGUCUAAAUUUAUUUCAAAAUGACGUCAAGAUUGUAGACCUGGUUUCAGAUGAACACAGUGUGAGCUGGUUCCCAUGUUAGGAGAGGAAGUGGAUUUGAAGCGGUGAUGAAAAAGACUCUUUCUACAUGUAUGUGUUAAUGUGACCAAUGACCCUCUCGGUUUCCACUUCAUUGUGUCUCACAUAAUGUUACGUCUACAGUCUUAUUUGAGUUCUGCAGAGUUUGCACUUCUGCCUCGUUGCAUCACUCAACACGAGUGCACCUGGCUCUCUUGCGGAUUCAAGCACCAUCCCUCUUGAUAAACAUUAAUGCAUCCUCCUAGUGUUUGCGUGAGUGCCCUGUUGCAGUGUCACUUGUUGAUUGUGCGUCUGCGAGUUUGACGUCUGUGGAAGGUGUGGUGGAAGCAGGACCGUGGCAUGCAUGCGCUGUGAUCAGGAGGGUGUGGGUUUGUAAAGCCUUUAAGUUUCUCUUUCUAGAGAAAAGGGUCAGAAAGGGAAAGCGAGAGGAGGAAAACAGCUGCUGGCCAUUAAAUACCAGUCCAGAGCGCUGCAGGUCCGGUUGACACAUUUUUAAGAGCAGAGGGGUCAUAAAUGAAGCAGACUCAUUUUUUGGCAGCGCGCUGAGGGAGCUGGAGGUAUCAGUGGAGUAUUGAUUGUUCAGCAAGGUGAUGACAUGUUUUCCAAGACUAACUCAGAUUAUUUUGGAGAUUUACAGAUGUUACUUUCUUGUGUUUCAAAGUGUAGAGGUGGCAGAAAGUCUUUACCAAAAAAAAAGGAAAGGAUUUCUCUGCUUGUAAAACAGUGCAAGGCAAACUUUUCGGACUUUUAAACCGAGGCCAUAUUUUUGAAUGUUUGACUCUGUUCCAGUGGAUCGUGGCAGCUAUCUGAAGCAGCUGCAAAAUGGGCUGCAACGUAACAGUUGGAGACAACUGAAUGUGAUCAGAAGAGAUCCUCUAGAGUGCCUUUUUUUUUUUUGCUUCUGACUGGCCCUGAACUCAUUGAACUUUAAUGUGCAAAUCCUUUGGUUGAAAAAAGUAUGGCUUCUCAGAAUCUGCUCUGACGUCGGCGGGUUCAUUUUCAUCCUCGUUGUUUCAAGAUCCUCCUGAUGGACGCAGAUGCCUCUCAUCUGCGGUCGAGUUUUAAUGUCGUUUUAGACUUUUUAUACCAAUCAGCUAAUGUGCAGAGAUGGAUCCACAGAGAGUGUCUGAUCUUUGUGUGGGAUUUUGAGAGGUUAUAGACUGCAACACCAAACUUAGUUUAAAUGCUGGAUAUAUCCUGGGAAUAUUUAGCUAUUAAAACGCUCCCCUAUUGACUUCUCUAUACAGACAAGCUAGGGCAGCCUUUGAGGGCAAGAAACUCCUGUGAUACAUGAUGAGCAUGAUCCUACAUCUGUCAAAAAUUCCUGAUUUGACAGACAGGCAAGCUCACUGAAGCUGUUAGCAAGGAGGUUAAGGACCUGCUUCAACUUUACUCAAGCAAAAGUUAGGCUGAGUCAGCAUUUCCAGCCUGGCCACUGUGGAUGAUAGGCUUCAAAAGACGAAUGGAUGACGCCACUGAGAUUACAUCCAUGUGUUAUAGAGUCUGUGAUUCAGAGGGGGAAGAAAAUACAAUGUCUGUAACAAAAGUCGUCACUUCAGGAAGUAUAAAUACCUACGAUUUCUAUUUCACAGUAUUUGUACAUCAUUAACAUUUCACACAUGCUUAUUAGGAAACUUUCACUAUCAUAGGGAGGGAUUCCCUUUUUUUAAACAAAGUAAGUUUAAAGAAACAACAACCAGCGUGUCUUACUCUGUCGUUUGAAUUACAGUCAGAAUUAGUUUUGACAAAGUCUAAAGAUACGCAUUCAGAAAGUGUGAUCUAAGCUCUGCUGUACUUCCUCGUCACGUAUCUGAGUUUGGCUGAGCUGAAGGCCAAAAUAUUUUCUGCAGCUCUCAAUCAUGCGUCUCGGAGUUCUGGGAUUCACAGUCAUCUAAAGAGCUCAGUCCACGAAGGCAUGGUGGAUAUUCAGCUUAGUUCUCGUAAACUUAUUAUCACUUGCUUCUCCUGCUGAGAGCGAGGGGAAAAGGAAAUACCCCUUUAAAGAUGUGCUUCUCUUUACUCCUUCUAACUUUUCUUCCUCCAAACUAAACUCAGCGCAUCUGCCAAGGACAAUAUCAACUGCAGAUUUUUUUCAACGUUGCUGCGCCAGACAGACAAUAACUUACUGAAAUCUGUUUUUCAUUUAUAAUUUAUCGCCAGAGGAAAUAGAUCUCAGCUGAUUUAUAUUCCUAUUUCCAGAUCUAACAGAAGUGCAGAUUUGGUGGCCGCGAUUUUGCAUCAUACAGCUUCAUUUAAAUUCAGAUGUUUUUUUCUCUACGUCCCAAACUAUGACACAAAACCGUGCUCAGACUCUGGUUAUUCAAACCCUUUUUUUUCUCCCUUCUUUUCUGCAGAUUUGGAUUAACUUGGUGAAGACACAGGAGGGAAAACCUGAAUCUUUGCCUAAAUGGUGGAGGCCUGAACCUCCUUCUUCCAAUCUCCCUGCCAGAUAGUUGAGAGCCUUGCUGGCAUCUUCUCUGAUAGGAAAAAAAAAAAACUCAAAGUGAAAGUUACCAAACAAAGACGGGGGAGACAUUAUUUGAACAUCAGCUUAAACUUAUUUGAAGGGUUAUUAAAGUCUGAAGAAGAGCUUCCUAGACACUUCUGUGUGACAACAUGGCGAAGAAGAACAGCCAAAGGGGUAAGUGUUUGUUUACCCAGGAAGUGAUCAAAAAUUCUUACUGUGAAUAUUUAGUAUAUAAACACACCUCAGCUCUGUGUGUUUUUAUGACAACAGUGUGGAGUCGAAGUAAGAAUGUUGUUCUACAUGAUUCAAAAUAUGUGCGCCUGAUAGUGUUUGUUUGUUAUAUAAAGGACCAGUCCAAAAGUUGAGCCUAAUCUAACAUCUUUUGACCUCAAGUCUACAUGGCAAAAUGUUUUGGACAUUUACGCUGACAUUAACCUACUUUCAUACACAAGUAAACAACUUUAACAAGCACCCUGUGUUUCUUUUUCGUCCUGUCUUUAAAAGGCCGUAGAUUGACUUUGGACUUUAUUCUGCCACUUCUCACUCAGCUGUUAGCUUUUGUUAGCCAGUUUGAUCAAAGAAACGUCCUCAUUUUUCCUCUUUUUACUGCUCUGUUGCUUGAAUUGUCUGUUUUUUUUUUUCCCCUCUCUGCAUCAGAUAACAAACUCCCCCGGUCUUUCUUGAGCCUUUACUGGAUAUUAUCCAUUUAAAUCAGAUGCAGAUUUCAGACUGUUCAGGCACAGAUGUGAUCACUUUCCAUCUCUUUAUUUUCUCCAGUUUUUGCUGCCUGUGCUGGUCGCUGAAGGGUUUGUGUGCUCAAAUAUCUCAGCAGCUCAUCCUUCUAUCAAGGCAGUACAAUGUGAAUGAUGUCUACAGAGUAAAAAAAUCAGAUCAGACUGAGUUUGAUCAAAGUUGUCAGCUUGAGGAGGAGAUGAAAUCAUAAAUUGAAAGAUUCUGGUGCCUAAAUAUGGCCGACUAGUCCUUCCAGGAAAUCUCUGUACAGAUGUCUGAGGGAUGUUUUGUUUUGCAAAUGAUCAGCUGAAGUGGUUUUGCAAGUGUAAUUCAAGACCUACUCCUAACUUGCAGUGGAGUUAAAGGCAGUGUGAGGAGGUUGUAACUGAAACUGAUACUGAUGCCUUUUUUAAGAUCUUCAGAAGUGAAACAAACCAUCAGCAGCGAGGCUGAUAAUUCCUCUGUGCAAAUUUUCAGUACUGUGAGGGGGAAGGUGACAGACCAGAUGAUUGACAGCAGACUGCAGAAACAGCUUUAUUUGACUUUUUCCACGAGGAGUGACUGACACAUUUGACUGUGAAAGGACAGCAGGAUGAGGAUUUAGUCUGAAAACAUCCACCAAAAAAUUUCUGUCAGCAGCUUUAAAUUGUUUUGUCUUUUAUUUUCAGAUACAUCCGGGGUUGUGUUCGACACUCGUUCAAAGAUGGUGAUGUCCCAGGGAGGGACAGCUGAGAGGAUGAAGGAGAAGGUGAGAAAUAUUAAACCUACUGCUUAUAAUUGGCACGGUGAGUCCGCAGAUUCCUGCAGAGGGGUUGAAUUUGACACCUAAGAUCACAACAUUUGUGUAAUACGGAGAGCUUUUUUAUCUGCUCGGAAAGUAAAAGAUCUCUACGCUGUGUUGGUGGAUUUGUUCCUGAGCGUUGACAUUCAGUUCCUUUACUUCUGGUUUCUGCACAACAGUUUCCCAGUGGGCAGUUUUUUUGGCAACAGACAGCAGGAGAGGGCGAAGUUUUCAGAGCAUGAGCAACUGUUCUAGUAAUGCUAAAGGAGAGACAGGACUUACUCCUGCCUUUGUGGAUGACAGUUUAUCAGCGUCUGUAGAUAUUUCUGAGAUGCUCUUAAGACUUUAAUCAACUUUGGAUGAAAUGAUGUAAUGUCAGACUCAGAUGUAUCUAUUAGUAUGGUUUCAAAUGUUCUUAAAGCAGUUAUUUGGUUUUUGAUUUCUAAUGAACUGUGUGUAGUUUUGGGGCUGCAGACAUUAUCUGUCAGUCAGCCCAAUCGGUUGAUAUGGGGGGUUCUCUUCAAACAGAUUUUUGGGUCACGCUGCUGCACUCACUUUGGAGAAGUUCAAAACUUUUCAAAAGCAAAAGUUCUGUUUCUACUUUUUGUUUUCAUGCCCGUUUUAAACAGAUCGACCUACAGCGGCAGAAAGGUCUUAGAGCCUGAAGCGCUGACUUAGCUCUGGUUCCUGAUAGUAUUGUGUGUUUUGGAUGGCUGUCAAAGAGAGUGAUAAAAUAAAUGGAAAUGGUGCUGUUUAAGUGUUUGCAUGAGAGCCGUGACUGUUUUCACGGCUAACAGACUCAUUUAUUCACAAUGUUCGUCACAGAUGUAGUCGAUUAGAGCGAUGAGCUGAGAUAGCUUCGCUUACGUGUAGCAGGAUGCACUGCAUGUGAGCAAUCUCAGCUUUACUCCUUCGUGUUUCUUCAGCUGGAUAUCAAUGUUAAUCUAAAAGCAGUAAAUGUAAUUUUGUCCUCCAGAGAGUCUGGUCUUCUAUUUUGAGGAAACCUGAGCUAAAGUAGUCCGUCAGUUCCUCCUUAGCUACUGUGAAUGACUGAUAACACUAGAAAGAAGAAGAGCUGCAGCAACUUCAGCCAUCUUUGAAAUUAUUUGUGUAACUCUAAAGGUUUAAACGAAUUUUGAAAAUUGGCAACCAAUCCUUGAAAUGCGAUUGUGUGUUUCCAGGGUGCAUUGCUCUGCCCUUCAGCCAAAUUUUUAAUUACAUUGACUCAAAGUUGGAGCUCGUUCUUGUCGAUGUUGAGUCACCUCAGACGUGUUUUGAGAUAAUGUUCAAACCUGUUUCUUUCAUACUCUGUGUUUUUCUCUGUUUUUACAGAUCAGCGCCGUCAGGGCAGUCGUCCCCAACAAAAGUAACAAUGAGAUCGUCCUGGUGUUACAGCAUUUUGAGAACAGUGUGGACAAGGCCGUCCAAGCUUUCUUAGAAGGUAUGAAGACGUCAUUAUUUAUAUCCCAAAGAACUAGUAGUGUUGCAUAUUUAAGAAUAAUUAUGGCCAGAGAGAAUGAUGAUGAUAAAAAUAUGUACGAUGUCCAAAAGUGUAAAGUGACACACCUUCUCAAGGACUCUCUAACAAGUUGAGUGGGGCUCUCGGCUACUUUACUUUACACACAUACCGUGCUGUACAUUCAGAAGUCCUGAGUGUUAUUUGCAUGCCGCUGUAGUUUCACAAGUUUAAUUUUAGAAGCAGGAGGCUGUCCCUGCACGUCACCCUGCUUUGUUCCUUUUUUUAGCGGUAUCUAAACAACGCCUCAGGGCAGUCAGAUUUUCAGAUGGGUAUUACAAGAUUUUAAGGCUGUCAGGUGUCUUGGAGUGCUUUCGUCAUCACUGUUUGCUUUGCGCCGCAGGCAGUGCAGUCGAGAUCCUGAAGGAGUGGAAUGUCACCGGUAAAAAGAAGGUGAGAACAGGAACGCCUGAAACUUGAAUACCUCUGGGUUGAGUAAGCAUAAAGAUCUUUGAAAAUAAAAAUCCUUGAAUGCUCCUAAUCAAUGCAGCUGUGAGGUCUACUCAUUUAAAUGUUGUCCAACUUGCUGCGCUGAUCAUGAAUGAAAGGAUUCAGACAAAAAUCUUUGACACUGAUCUCUUCAUGUCCAGCCCAAGAAGAAAAAGAAGCCCAAGCCUCAGGCCGAGGCCUCAGCAGAGCCUGCUCCACCCGAGGACGCAUCGCCUGAGGAGGCGAAGGAUGAGGUGAACGGCUUUCACGCCAACGGAUCAGUAAUGGACGGAGAGUCUCUGGAUUCUCUGAGUGAACAGUUGGACUCUGCUUCUCUGGAUGCAGCUGAGCUGGACUCUGAGCCUGCAACAUCUGAAACCACCGGUAAUCUAUGAUACACGAUAAAGGCACAUCUAAGGUUCGUUUAGAGAAAAGUGAACUCAUAAGAUGUGACGUGUCCUCUCACAGGUCCUGAAGCAGAGAGUAUUGGGAGCGCCCCCAGUCCUGCCUUACCCCAAGCAGGGAGGAAUCACCAGGGUUCUAGAGGCAACAAGAACCGACACAGACCUGGCUCAAAUUCACAGUCAUCCAUUUCCUCACUAGCGCUGACCUCUGACGAUCAAGGGUCAUCAGGAGUCAAGAAACUGGGUUAGAAACUUCAACCUCUAACAUAUCAGAUUAUUUUUACAUGCCUGUACUUCAUUUAGAGAAUGCAGUGAUCGAUGAUGCGCUGCGAGGUGUCAGAAAAGCACUUCUUCUUUAAAACGCGGCUUUUUCAAAUUUUCUUCUGUGUUUUUCCCCCUCAGCUCCAAACAUCGACCGCUCUGUGAAGGACCUGCAGAGAUGCACCGCCUCUCUGACUCGGUACAGGAUGGUAGUGAAGGAGGAGAUGGAUUCCUCGAUAAAGAGGAUGAAGCAGACGUUUGCUGAGCUACAGAGCUGGUUUGUAAACUUCUUACCUUUUCUUUAAAGACUUCUCCUGUUUCGGUUAGAGGUGAAUCUCGAAGAUGAAGGACUAAGAACCCAGUUUAGUUCCUUUUUGGUAGUUUAGAUGUUAAAAACUCCAGGGAUAGGACUUUUUAUCGGUAGAUGUGGUGGCAGCUGGUGAGAAACAGACAAUGCUUCCUCGGUGUUAUCCGGUGGAUCGCGGCCUGGUGUAAUGACCUUUUUCCUAAGUGGUGCCAAACGAGCAGAGAAACAAAACUGCUUCUGACAUUUCUUAUUUAAAUAAUGAUUAAAGAAUGGUUGCAUAACCAGGGGACUCAAUAAGGAUGUAGGUGCUUGUGUGGGAAACGCAUCAAGUUUUUUGUUCCUGGAAAAAAGGUCCUGGUUUGGGAAUUUUGUCUUAUUUGCUUUAUCACCAUAAAAAGUCAUGACGCAGAACACAAGCAGGAAUGUCCAAAAGAGACGUCAACUCCGGUGCCGUCCCUUGUUUUCUGUCUGAAUCUGUGUCAUGAUAUCAUUGUUGUCGAGUUAAUGUCUUUGUGUCAUGUUGACUGAAGCUAUCAGGGUGUUAUUGCUUUUUUUAUGGAUUAUGCUGCAGUAAGUUAAAGGGCAUUUUUCUUACCUUUGACCAACUUGAUGACACUCUGACAGAGUUUUGCAUAACAGGAAACGGAUUAUAACAUAAAGUAUAUAAGAGUUCUCAGGUGUAAUAAACAAUUAAAGACCCGUUGAAACCAGAACGGAGCGCGGGAUUGACACACUUAGAAACCCCGGGGAAACAGGAACUGAGGAAUAUUUUCUCCAUUUUUAUGUGUCACUGUGUUUAAACAGACUUAAGGCUGUCCGACGGCUGUACUGUACAUAUUGCUUCUACCUCAAAGCAAGCAGAGUGAAGAGGACAGAGUUCACCUGCGUGUGCUUGUUCUCUGAUUAGAUGACAGACUUCAUAGAUACAGACGGAGAGAAAACCCGGUUCACUCUUGUAGCCCAAACAGCAAACUCAGAGCCUGAUUACUCAGCUGGGUGAAGAGCGGCUGUAUCGAUGGAUCUUUGAUAUCUGUGAGGAUGUGAACGGCACAGGCUCAUCGAUUGGAGACGGCUGCAGAUUCACAUAAAAGCUCGAAACCUCUAAAUAGGACGCUAUCAAGAUUUUGCUGCUACCAUCAUUCUAGCAAAAUUAUUGUGAUUCAUGUUAUUUAAAAAAAAUACUGUUUACUUCAAAAGUGUUGAGUGAAAAUAGGUUUUAUUAAUAUUUAAAAAAGGAUCUUGUUUUUUGCACGCUUGCAAAUACGGCUUAUCAUUUCCUAUUUGUGAAGAGGGCUAGUUUCUUCCAAUCAGAGUCCGCUUGUAUUAGAGGUGAAGUGCUGUUUAUUUAAGAUCCAGAGCGCACCCAGGACUGUAAAUUUGCGCCUUGUUCGAAAGGUUAAGUAACCACUGUUCAAAGGUUUGCAUAGCCGUUCAGCUCCGACUGAGCACACCGUCAAACAUCAGCGCGAGUAAUCUCACGUCGAGAAUCGGACGCAGAAGUAAACCAGCCGAGUAUUCCAGGGCGACUCCAUCGGUCGAGCUGUGGGUUGUAAUUGCAGUGUGGUUUUUAGAAGUGUAGCUAAAUGAACACAAGGAGUUUGAGUGUUAAAUAGGGGUGUAACUGUCCACAGAGUUAAAAGUACAGUGUUGACCUAGUUUUGGAUUCGCAGUUUGUCGGUCAUCAGCACUGAAAGAAAAGGAAAUAAUUUCAGAGAGACAUCUUUUCUGGUUAUUGUGACAGAUUUUAUCACUCCAGAGACUCACAGCUGAAGCCCCCAAACACUCAUAUAGAAAAAGGAAAACUCACUAUAGCAGGAGUAGUUGGUAAAUCCACAGUCCUUUACUACAUGUCCUCAUCCUGUCCUCUUAAUUAAAGGUACAAGAGGCUAAAACAGUUAAAAUAACAUGUUUGACCUCGUGAUUAAACGCUGCAGUCCCCUUACAGACGGUGUAACCUUUACUGUUACAGCCCUGGAUUUAAAGUAUUUUUAUUACUAACCUGUGUCCAGAGAUAAGACCGUGAUCAAGCUUUGAUUAUGAGAAAGUUUCAGCACCUUUUUUAUCUCGGCUCGUCUAAGAUAGCUACCUGUCGAGUAGAAAAGGCCAAAUUUAUCAGACGAAUCAAAGGCAAAGGGGGCAGCCGACGGCAACUCUCAAAGGCACAAUGUGUAGAUAUGUGAAUAUAUUGCAGUAUCUUUCUACGGUGGCUUUUAAGGACAAGAAAGAUGAAUAGGAUUCUCCAUUUUUCAAGGUUUACCAUUAAUAACAUUUUGCGCACAGCAGAAACCACUCUCUUCUUCUUUGUCGUCCUGCUGGUGGCUGCUCAUCAAAUUUGUCCAUUCUGGGCUAUGGUAGAAACAAGACAGUGUGAGAUUGUGGCCUCCGUCAAGUUUCAGUCCCGUACAAAUUAAAUAUCCAAUUUUUAUCAAACCUGUUCUCCCAAAUCCGACACACCGCACCUUUCAAAGUAAAACGUUACUUGUUACACAUCACAUAAGCUGACAUCGUGAAUCAGUCAACCACCGCUCCUUGGUGUUACCACUCCAGCUGGUGCAGGUGGAGCACUCUUCGAUCUCAACAAAGACAUUAGAUGGAUUAUUCUGUUUGAAUGGGAUUAAGUGUUCAACACCUAGUGGCGAAGGCUAACAUCCCUGUAGACUGUUAAGAAGAAUGUCUUUGUUUGACUGCUUGACUCAGACUUUUAAUCUGCUCGUUUUUUAUCACCCGCUGAAGUGUUUUAAGAAACGUGGCGGCUGGAAGAGGAAACUUUUGGCCUGGGAUUAAAAAAUCAGAGAAUCUCUUCAGUGUCUGGGUGAUCUUGACUCAGAUGUAGAAAGUGUUUAAUCAUGAAGAGUCAAACUUUGUCUAGGGUGUAGCCUUAGUCAUACCAGUGGCAGUCCUCCAGUUGUCACUCAUACAGUGUAGUAAUCCUCCUGACUCGGGUAGAGACCAUUUAAAAUAACAUUGGAUUUAGAAAUAGACAUGGUGACUGAAGAUCUCUGCACGCUUGAAGAAAAUUAAAUAAUGGGACAUCCAAAAGAGUCAAAGACAGACGUGUUCAGACCAAGUUAACCCAGCACAAAGCCAGGCUGUGACUCAAACUAGCAGCCCCUUUCCCACAAGUCACUCUCCACUUUCUCUCCUGGUUCCUACUCCCUUUACAGUCCUAUCCUGUGAAUACAGACGUUUAAAGCCCAUGAAUUUAACUUUACAAAUACAAAUAGUCAAUGAAAAGUAAGACUGAAUGUUAAUGGGAUUAAAUACUGUUGUGCUGCCUCGAUGUUUUCGCCCACAACUUUCUGUACAACAGACAGAAGUUUUAGAAGCUGGUCAUGUGUAACAUCAGGAGAGUCGCUAAGUUUGUCAGCAUUUCUGAGUGACUGUUUUUCAUGUUAAAUAAACUCACGACUUUGAGGCUCGCAGGGAUUUUGCAGUUUGUGUUCUCAGCUGCACCUCUUCUGUCUGUCAGGAAUGUCUAAAAAUAUCUAAGCAUGUUUAUAAAGGAGAUCUAUAGGUGAACAUUUUAACUGGUUGUCUCAAAGUAUAUUUAAUUUUUUCUCAAAUUUGUGAAUGAUUUAUUUAUUUUGUAAUAUUGUGCAGCCCUGUUUCACGGCUCCUGUUCCCGAUGGCUACUCUUGCAGGCGAGGCCAAAACCCCGACGUCACAUCCUUCCCUUAGGGUGCAGUCUCGAUGCAAUAAAUACCUCGCAUUCUUUCGGGUCCUUAAAAGACGUUCAAGGUGUUCGUUUCUACUUGAUUUUGCGCAUAAAAGCGGAUAGAGGUAGCUAGAAAGGGGAGGAAAAGAGCCAAAAUGCAAAAUUUAAACUCUGUACUCUCUCACCUUAGCACACCUUAAAAAUGUCAGAUAUAAACCCUCUUGAGUUUGAGCCAAAGAACUUAAACUAUGAUUGAUAAUCAUAAAUUUGAUAAGUAAUAAUUAAACAUGUUCUUCAUAAAACAUUAACAAUCGCAAGCUUCCUUUUACAUACCAGUAUAACAAGUCUAUAUUGUUCAUAAAUGUCCACACCUAGAUAUCAAACUGUGGAGUUAAAAACACUCCUAUCUGUCAGUCACCUCACAGGAUACAGAGGGGAAACAAAAACACUUUCUGCUGAUUAAAUGAGACCUUUUCUUUGAGUAACUUGAACUACAACCCAUCUUUUUGUUUCAGAGCUAACCAUGUAAGUCAACAGAGGCAUAAUGACACUUCGGAUUCGUCGUGUCAUAAUGGUGCUUCUGCGGUAUUCCUGCUAAUAAGCAAACAGUAAAACUUCCCAGGAUGUGUGAAUGCUGUAAUGUUUGCGUUGCUCUCGCUGUUUCGCAGUGUCAUUGAGUGACUCGGCUGUAUUUCUGCCUCCAAAAUGUGCAUCCGCGUCUUUUUCUUAAUGUUAUUGGAAUUGAUUCUUAAUCUGAGUGCCGAGUCAGCGUUCACAACAUUUCCUCUUAUCUUGACGUGAGCAGAGAAAGAUGACUCUCUCUCUCUCUCUUCUUUUUUUUUUUUUCAGUUUAAUGGACAGAGAAGUGACCCUGCUCCGAGAAAUGGACAAAGUGAAAGCAGAGUCCUGUAAGUAUACCAGUGUUUCCAACUUUGUUGACUAAACUCCAAAAUCCUUCCUGUAACGUACCACCCCGGGAGCUGUUAGUAUCUUUCACAUAACAUGAUCACCUGACUCAAGGGCUUCUGACCUAAAUCACUUCCGGAGAGGUAGUGAAAGAAAUGUCUGCAGAACAGCAAGCCCCAGUUUCUCCAGAAAUGCAGCAGUGCCCUGAGGGUCCAGGUAUACCUGGAGCAUACCUCUGUGUAUGUAUGUGUAACAUGACAGAGCAAGACUGCAUAGUUGUACAAGUAGGCCAUUCUCUCUCUUUCUUCUGUCCUCUCAGUGAGGAGUGUUGUGUGUUCCAGGCCUGGAAAAAGUGAAUAGUGUCAGGUGUCAAGGGAGACUCAAUGCUGUCUUUGUGCAAGGUGUGUGGGGAAUAGAGAGGAAAGCGAAGAAACUCUAGGGUUUCCUCGCCUCUGAAAAAAGCCUGGUUUCCUCAAAAUGAAGCUUCUACUAAUCUGCUUCCUCUGUAUCUCCCAAGUUAACAGAUGAUUGCCUCAAACCUCCUGCUUUCAAUUUUGAUACUGUUCAGAACAUGAUAAUCCUGCAGUCAGGGCCGCUGUAGCUCGCACUCAUGUCUAGGCCUGCCUCUGGACGGGUAUUUUCUUAAUUAUUCAGAUCUGUAAAUGUCAGAAAAUCAUGAAACUGCUAAAUUAAAGUUCAAGGAUAUAUCUGAGUAUCACUUAUUUUGUCUAACCGCCAAUCCAGACCCUGAAGGUAAUCCUCAAAAUCUGCUGUGCUGCUCUUAAAAAUAUAAAGUUGCUUUUGAUAUUAAUCGAGAAAAUGACUUGAGGGGUGUCAGUUUGGCUCUGCAGCUAUAACACACACCUUAUGCACAGAGACUACAGUCCUAAUCUCCCUGCACUGUGCUCGUGAGAUUGAAGAAGAAGUCAAAAUGACAUUAAAAAAGGAAACAAAUAGAUUUUUUUUGACCGAGUAUCUAAUUCCUAUUAAAGCUGCAGUGAGGAACUGUUGGUUUGUAUCGAUUUUGGCGCCCCCUGUGGACAAAAUGACACCUUUUAUCCUUGUACAUGCGCUCGCUCUUAAGUCUCAACAGUAAUUUAUGAGUAAUCGUCAUGGGUGAUAGUGAGAUACAGCUGUUUCUUCAGCCUUUUGUCGAUCUCCUGUUGCUUUGACACCAACCCUCAACUUUAGUUUCAGGCAUUAAAAAUAUCACAGAGAAAUUAACAGUCGUCUUGUUGAUGGUUUUGCUUGCUAUAUGUCGGUCAUGUGGGAUUAAUAUCAGUUUCAGUAUGGUUCUGAACCAGUAAAAACUUCACCAUAGAGCCUUUUAAUAAAGUACUUAAGUAGAAAGUUCUCAAUCAAUCCAAAUCUAUCUAAUCUAUCUUUUAAUAAGUGAAAUUGCCUCAAUUGUAAAUGUGACUAAAGAUUAAGGACAGAAGGUAUAAAAGGUAGACUAAUGAGUAAAUGAGGAAAAAAUAAAAGAUUCAGACCACCAGCACUAUAGACAACCAUGAAGAAGUUAAAAAGACGAACAACCCUCAAUAGAUCAGAGGAAAUAAAGCUGUCAGAAGAUGAAAAACAACCAAAGAUCAAACAUUAAAACUAUCAGAAGAUAAAAAAUUCAAGAUGCUGCCGGUGAUACCGCCUAAAAUUGGAAUAAAAGCAGCGUCUAGAGGAUUAAAACGCGCUCUGAUAGCAUCUCCUGUAAAAGCACAUCUAUAAAAUAACAAUCUUGAAGUCUGAGGCGGCCAAAAUAAAUGUCCUGUUUUGUUUAGAAACUGACAAAACCCCCAAAGAAUUCAGUUUUCAACAGAAGAGAGUUCUCACAUUGAAGAAGCUCGGACCAUUUUGACAGUUUUGCUCUAAUUGUGUCUGACAGCCUACGAGUUAACUGACAUACUUCAGCUUUGUGUAAGUCUAGUGUUUAUAUCUCAAACAGAAGUGUGUGUUUCUGAUGACAGUCCCCGAGGAUCACUAAACUUCCACUUCAAUUUAGUUUCUCUCCUGCACAGAAGUAGAAAAUGCACCACACAUUUUAGGAGCAGCAGGAGAUUUUCCAGCAGCUUGUCACCAGACGGGGCAGACACAAGGAGAACUUAUUUCAGCAGACAUGUAAAGCAGCUCUAAAGUCAAUGAAUAGCUGCUGUCUAAAGAAAUAAACGCUCCUGUGUUUGAGGUUCAGUCCUGCUCUCCAAAAGCUCUCCAGGUCGCCGAGUUUAAACGUGGGACGAAAAUGUGUUUAGUUUGUGAUGACACUCAUUUCAGCGGCUUGUGUGUCUUUACAUCAGCGCAGACAGGACAUCUUGAUUUGAAGCCGGCUUUAUCUUCGACCUUUGUUUACCUUUGGAUGCUGAGUCAGACACACUUUGUACUUUGUCAUUUCAAAAGACCGCAGCAGAGUUCUUGCAGGAAAACGAAACUUAGAGGGAAGUGAAACUUUCAGGACUGGUGGGAGUGAGGUACGAGGCUGAAAUGCAGAGUUGGUCAAUCGAUCUUCGACGAUCAUUCAAAGCUGUUUAACAAUGUAUGAAUCAUAGAGGACGUUUUAAAGCACACCAAACAGAUCCUGGUCCUGGUCCAGUUUCUUUGCUCUUAGGAUGAGCUGAUCUUCUUUGUUGUUCUUGGUAUUUAAAGCUGCAGUGAUGAACUUUUAGUUUGUGAUUAUGUUGGCGCCCUCCUUUGGAUAAUGACAUUUGUUAUACUAGUACACUUCACAGCAGUUUCAGGAUAUCAGAAUCACCACCAAGACUUGUUCACUUGUGUGUUAAAGAAGCAUCACUAUUCAUUUAAACAUAUUUUAUGGCCUUUUAAAUCUCCUUACAGUGGCUUUAUCUUUAUUCCUUUAAUUAUCAUAAAGAUAUCUUAUAGACUGUCUAGUCUCAUCCUUUUCAGCCCUCUAAGAUAACUGAUGUGAGUAAUCCCUCUCAAGGACUAACCCAUCCUGCUUGAACCGCACUGAAAACUUGUCUUAUUGUAGGUUACAUAAGCCUGAAACUACACCCAGUGGGAUAUCUGUUAAGGAUGAUACUUUUUGUGUUUCAGUGAUGAAUUUGGAUGCCCGGCAGAAGAGAGCGGAGGAGCUCAGGCGGCUGACGGAUCAGUCGGGUUCCAUGUCAGAGGAGCAGUUGACUGAGCUUCGUGCAGACAUCAAGGUACUCUUAACAAAACCGCAGCUCCUGCUCGGCCUUGUGUGUCUCUUUUUUUUACAAAUGUUCAACAAAAUGUGAAGUGGGUGUUUGUGGAGAAAGCAAAAUUACAAGCAGAUAGAAAAAGCUGAUUUGUGUGCACUUUUUUGCUCUUUCCAUGGUGAGUAAAAAGCUGUGAUAAUUGCUCCAAAAAUGCAUCGCUUUUUUUGUUUCGCAUUUAAUGGUGAUUAAUAUGAUCUCUGUUUGUUCACAGCACUUUGUGAGCGAGCGCAAAUACGAUGAGGAUCUCGGAAAAGCUGUAAGAUUUACAUUUGAUCUUGAACCGCUGAAGACGAGCAUCACCGAGUUCGGAUCAGGUACGCGGCCCUUUUCGUCUCUUUUACCUCCCUUUUUUGUAUGAGUUCAAGGGAGAUUUCUAAAAAUAAACUCCCCUCCUCCGUCUUAUUAUGAAUUAUAAAAACACUUCCCCACCAAUCACGAAAUACAAAAAGCAAGCCUAUCAGCUUUUCAGUUUCAGGACUUUCUAAGCAGCAGCAGUUUGUCAGCAGACUGUGAGGAACACUGACUGUGACUAAGAAGCUUAUUGUCGAAAUGCAUGAAAAUGAGCCUUUUUGUGGGAUUCAGAAGGAAAUGUACAGUCAAACAGUCAUUUUCCUAAAUAAAACACUUCUUAUAAAUCUGAAUGAUGCCGAGCUUGAACCUGAGUUGUGCUGGUAUGUUCUGGAAUAUAUUUCUACAGACAUUGGGUGUGAUUUUGUCACAGUUUAUUCCAUUCAGGACAUGUGAAGCAUGUGCACAGCAGUAUAUUUUAUCCACAGUGAGAUUCCAAUUCAACAAAUCUCAGCUAUAAUGCUCCUUACUCUUCACAUAACUCUGCUGAACUCAGCAGGGAUCUGUUUCAUAAAGCAGGAAUAUUAAAGGCCCAACAGAUUGUGCUCCAACAAACAUCUGAGAUGAAAAUGGAAGCUGUCUGCAGCUCCAUCAGGUGCUUCUCUGUAAACUCAGGACAGAACGUCUCGGAUCAGUACGUGUCACAGUGCGGCCCAACUCUUAUUAGACUGAUCUCGCCCAAUCUGUCUCAGACUGUGUGAGAUCAGUCCUCCUGAGGCGUAUCAGAUGGUGCAGAAAAACCUGUACAAGUUGUCAGAGGAUGUCGGUUUAAAAACAAAAGAGAGAAAUGAGAAGCGAGGAUGUAAACAUUUUUCAUUUCUUAUAUGAGGAGUUCUUGUAAUUUGAAAGAAAAGCUGAAGGACAGAUUGAAAACAUCAGAGUGAUGUUUGACUCAGCAUAUUUACCUUUUUCUUCAAAAACUGUAAUCCUAGGGCGGGACGUGCCACGGCUUUUGAGUAGGAUUUAGAGCAGCAGGUAGCAUCUAAAUUCAUCGCACCUCCCAUAUCGCUAAAUCCAGUCAUAGAGUGAAAAUAUAUCACUGCAAAGAGAGCGCCAGGAAGUCACAAACCUGCUCCAUACUGCUGCGAGAUAACAUCUGACUCCUUUACAGAAAAUAUAUCAUAAUUAUAGCUUAAAAUUGUACUUAAAUAUUAUUUUAAUCAAUGUAUAAAGUGAGAGCAUAAUUGCAAAACACCAUUACAAGCACAGUUUUAUUAUCUCGAAUGAAUGAGAUUGAUGUACAGAUGUUGAACUGAAGUCAGCAGGCAUAAGAAGCUAACAAAGCAUGCUGAGUCUUUAAUUUAAGUUUGGAGAUCCCAGUCAACCUACGUGUCGGAAAAGGAUGUUUAAAAGUUUCUAUGUAAUGAGAUUUAUAAACUAAUUCAUCACAGACGCUCCUGAAGUCAAUACCUGCCCAGCCACUUCUGUCAAUAGAGAGGCAGAAAAUGUUUGUUCGUCUGAUACAACAGACCGCAAACUUAUAAUUACAAGCCUGAUAGAGGUCAGAGAGAGCAGGAACAGGAUUAGGAGAUGUAACAGCCACAGGAGACGUGAAGUUGAAGAGCUAUCAGACCGAGAAGUGAGUGACCAAAGAUGUUGUCUUCGCAUCACAUUAGCUGAUAUUAGUUUGGAAAAGAUGCAGAUGAUCCAUAGAGGAGAUAAAUGGAUCUGGUUCCGUCCUGGAUUUCUGCGUCUGGGCCACUUUAGGGCUUUAAUACAUGACCUACAUCUCCACACUUGUCAUGAUCGAGAAAUGACGCCAGGAGAAGCUCAUUACAGUCCGUAAUAAAUCACUUAAAUGAGGAAACAGACGGUUGAACCAUCAUGUUUAUGAACACUGCAGCUCUCUGUGUCUGUGUUCACGUUUACAGGCUGGUCGAAGUGACGCCCUUGUCUUUGUUUGUUCACAGUUUACCAUCCUCGUACAGGCUACUCAAAUCGGUCCCGCUGUAGCUCCACGUCCUCUUCUGUCACUAGCCCAAUCCUGCUGGAAACUCCGCCCCCUCCUCCUGUGACCCAAAGCGCCCCCAGUGAAAACCGCCCCCCUCCAACCAAACAGGUCAGCUGAGAGAGCUUUCCACAAAAAUCCUCACCAUAAAGAAACCUAAUUGUUCGCAGAUCUACUUCAGCGAUGUAAAUAAUUCUCUUUCAUUCUCCUCUCAGAUUUUCCAGGGCAACAGGCGUACUUUCCAGGGACAAGGGUAUCACUCAGGUGGUCAGCGGUAUAAUGGCGGCUCCUACCAUGACAGGAACGCCGGUCGUGGGAACCACCGCUACCAUGGCGACGGGGGCUCUUCUUCGCAUCACUCUAACAACUCGAGAGGUCCCCCUCGCUCGUCCUCGUCCUCCUACAACCAAGAGCGACCCUCUCAUAACGGGCUGCCCCAGAGGCCUCCGCGGACGCACUGCCCUUGACAUUGGAAACCCUCGUUCUCAAUCAAACCCGUCUACGUACCCUCGCACUCCCCCGCCCUCUCCCUCUCCCUCUCCCUCCCUCACACCCCUCCUCCGUCCCUCUACUAACUCCUUACAAUGAAGAAUAGAAUACAAGUUUACAUGUUUCUGUCAGUUGAGCUGUAGUGCCACCUCUCUGCAUCGAUCCAUUCAUUCCUCAAACUUGAAAGCUCUCACUGCUCUGCAUUCGCUCCUCCUUUUACAUCUCCCGGUUAAGGUAACAGCUUCUAUCUUUAGGCCCCCUUUGAGAGAUCUCAUUGCUAUGCUAUAGUCAGUUCUCAGGCGUUCAUUUCUGCAGAGACUGACAGGACUACCUGCAACAACUUGUGCACUAUUGAAGUUGAGCUCUUAGUACUAUUUCUAUUUUUGCUGUGGCUUGUGUCAGCUCUCUGAUUUUGCACCUGAAUUUUUUUUUUUUUUGUUCUCAGUCUCCCAGAACCAUUUCAAUGCCUUCACCGUGGAAAGUGAAGUGAAAGUAGUUCUAGCAUUAACAGGGCAUUUUUGUCAUCAGGAGAGUAGACAUGCAAUCAACACUACAGACUAUCGUUAAUCUUUGUAGGGGAAAAAAAUAAAGAGACAUAUCAAAUUAAUCUAGAGCUUUUCGUAUGGCUGCUACAAACCGUAGGGAACUUGUUAAUGCUCAAAGGACUUGGAGGUGUUGGAGGGAAACUCUGAACCAAGAGUUCGUUCUCUUAAAGGAAUAGUUUGACAUUUGAGUAUGAGCUUAUUUCUUUUCUUGACAAGCGUUAGCUGAAGGAAUAAAAAUCACUCUCAUGUCUGCUCCUAGUAAAAAAGACUGGAUACAAUCAGUGACUUAAUACAAUCAGUGUUAUUAUUAUUGUUGUGCUGACUCCCCUCAGUACAAAAACAUGCUUUGAGGUUCAAAUUCCUGCACUUUUUCAGACAUUGAAUGCAACACAAUGCAAUCAUAUUAAUGUAACUGACAUGUCAGGAUAUAGAUGAUUUUUUAAUCUGUAUCCAUUAUGAUUUCACCCAUUUUUCUACCUUGUAUAAAAACAUACCAACAAAAAGUUUAAAACCUUACAAGCGCAAAAGCUGCUUCUUUUGUGUCCAGUCCAUGUGCUAACAAAGCUACUUCGCUAAGACAGACAUAAGAGUGAUAUCUAUUUCCUCGUCUAACGCUCCCAAUGAAAGUCAAUAAGCGUCCAAAUGUUGCUCUCGUCCUUUAAAUGUUGCCUAAGUCGGCGAUGAACCGCCCUCCCUCUGGCCAGCAGGGUCUUCAUGCGUGCUGUGGUCCUCAGCUUGCUGUCCAUUCUUUUAUAACAAAGAGAGGGCUCAUUACCUUUUGUAGAAUAAUGUUCGGUGAUAUGUUAAAACUCACAACAAAGGAACCUGUCCACAUGCUGUGACUUGACAUUUAUUCUGAUGGAUUUUCUUCCACUCGCACCGUUUGUGUUUUUUGUUGUUAUAUGCACAUGAAUGGCAUAUUAAUGACGUGCUUGCCUUUAGUCACAGAGAGACUUCACAUUUGCCUUUUUCAAGACGUGGAUGUCUGCAUCAUGACGGCUUUCUUAUCAGAUGGUACUUGUAGAGCAGACACGCGGUUUAUGAAUUCAUGUGAGAACAAGAUGCAAGGUCUUUUCAUCCCCUUUUUAUAUUCUCACUUUACCCAAUAUGUGAAAGUAAAAUUGAUCAAGCUGAUGAAUGAUUCGGAGGGAUGUAUUGAUUUUAUAGAUUUCUUCCUCUUUGGCCGCCAUGUAGACGCUUCAUGGCUGUUUGUUGGGGUUGAGUCUCUUUUCCCAGUCUGUGAACUUAAAGCUGGUGAAUACCUCAUUGGUGAUCUUUGACACAACCUGUUCUCUUUAAGUGGGCUCAUUACAGGACAGGGACCCCCUGGUUAUUCCUUCUCUUCUUGUAGUUAUGUACAUACAGUUUGUGGAGCUGAAAGGCUGUGGUGUGAAACUGGUUGUUACAUUAUUGCUGCAUCUUCUUCAUGUGUUGUCUUCCCUCAAGCAGACUUGUUAAACAUGACUUUAGACAAUUAUUUACUCUUUCCUUCUUUUUGUUUACUUUUCUUGUAGAUUUUCUGACCAUGGGGAGAUUUUUCUUAUUAUUUGAGAUUAAAGAAAUUGUUACUCCAGUAACCAUAUUACUUAGUAUUAUGGUAAAAAGGGCACCAUGUGUGCUGUCCUUGAUAAAUUCUUACUGUAAUGAGAAAUACAUAUUUAACCUUUGGACUUAAAGGAAUAGUUCAACAUUUUUGGGAAAUUAUACUCGAUCUCUUUCUUUUUCUUUAUAAACAUUAGAUACAAAUAAUUCUGAGCUUUUAGUGUUGCUUGUUUAAGUUCAUGUCCAAGUGUAGAAUGAGCUCAUUGUUGCCCCAAGUGGCCAAACAGGGUAUGAACACCCAGUAGGAUAUCUAGGAGGCAAACGAUAUUCAGCACAAGAAAACAAACUUGGAUAAUGAACAAAAAGCGAAAUUAAAGCUAUAUGUUUAGUAGUAUUGAGCGUUACUUUUCAGCCUCGGAGAAUUAAACACUUGUCAAAUCGACAUUCAGUGAACUGCCCACAUUUGUUCAAGAGCAGUAUAUGGCCGAGGUGUUCCUCGCAGUCUAUCAAAAUUAGUUUCUUCUCUUUAUUUCGCAAUAUUUUCUAAUCUCUUGGCAACACUUUAUAUUUUUAAUUUUGACUUAAUACGCGUACAGAAAAAGUGAGCUGUUACGGAAACGCUGUUGUUACGCUACCGUAACUCCGCGGUUGGUUUCAUAAGUUGACUGCACUUGUUGCCGAGCAACUUCUCGGCGCUUCGAUCUGAAUCACUGUUAGUUCGCUUACCUUUCUGCGUGCAUUUCAGAAGUAGCGUUUUUUCAUUAAUGUCACCCUGAACAAAUGACGGAUAACUUUAAAGGUGUAGAGCCACAUUGGCUGUUCCCCUCUUCUUGUAAAGCUAAGCUAACCACCUGCUCAGUAUCAAGCUCGACGUCAGUCCAGUGGAUUCCCAGUCUCGUUAAACUGUUCCCUUAAGUCUUCUUAUGUUAUAAUGACAAAAAAGUCGUAUUGACUGAUAUCGAAGAUGUUCAAUCCAAUUUCUCCUCAUUCUGAAGUCGAAGGCAGAGAUAAACAGCGUUUUUCUCCAAUAUUGGAUUUGUCCGGUUAAACCUCAAAGAGAGAUUGUUUAUCUCACUUUAACCACUUUUUAUGUUUUUUUUACAUUCCAAACUUUAGGGGUUUUAGUUCUCGCCAAAGAAAUGAUUUCGUCCUGUUUUAAGUGGUUGCCUUUUUUUCUCUCCUUCCUUCCUUCUAACCUGUACAAAGUUCCAAAGGGGAUAAAUCCAACUCUUCGCCCUCUCUGCUUAUUCCCAACCCACUCUUAUUUUCCAUUCCUUACUGUAUAUACAUAUAUGUAGCUAUAUAAUUUUGUGCUCACAUCGAGCAUUUUGUAUGUGAUAUUCAUAUUAGGCAUAAUGGAGGUUAAAGAUUUAGUUUGUUCAUUCUUCCAGUAAUCCCUGUGUCCUCCCUCUCAAGACAACCUUUCUGAGACAACUGUAAACUCAAGUGCCUUUUCUUGUCUCCCGCUGAUUCUUCAACAUCCCCUCCACCAGAUUAUGGACCAAAGACAUCAACCGUCCCCAACUCCCCUCUCUUUCUCCCACUCACUGAAUUGCACACUUUUCAUUUACUACAAAUAAACAGUUUGCAAUAUUGAAUGUGCAUGUUUGUUUUUUCAGCAGUUACAGACAAUCACGCAAACCUUCUUUUUUUACUCCAUAUGCUGCAAGUUACUUCACUUUGAACUGAUUAAAACAUGUUGGAAAGACCUCCACUACGACAAGUGUAAAGCAACACAGGUGACUCAAAUACUGAUCAAAUUAAAUAGACAAUCAGUCAAUGACUCUGCAGCCAGCAGAGGGCGCAAUUACUAUAAGAAAAUAAUACAAUUAGACUUUUCACACAGAGGUUUGGACAGGAACUUAAUGGACUCUAUGCACAGCUCCACUACUGCCUGAAUUUAAGGCUGCUUGAAUUGAUUAAUCCAGGUGUGACUAAUUAGACACACCUGGAUCAAUCAGUUUGUCCAAUCAUGUAAGACGGGAAAUAAAGAACGAAGGAAACUUCUGGACAUUUCAGCACUUUGAAUUGCCCUCUUGCUGUAUAAAAUGUGCUAUAUAAAUAAAGUCAUCUUGCCUUUGAAUACCUGCAUUCAUAAUUUCACUCUGUUAAAGGCAAUAAAGUAUUAACAGUAAUUGUUUUAUUGAUAUUCAAGUCUAAAAAGGACUGACACACUGCUCAAUAAAACCAUCUACUACCUGUCCAGGUGCUUUGUCUUACCCUCAUGUCCAGUAUAUGUAUUUAAAGUAUGUUAAUGUUUGGACCUGUGAGAAGGCUUCCUCAUGCCUUUUCACUGACCCGCUCUCCCCACAGCACCCUGAUUACGUCAAGUGAGUUCACCUGUGCCUGAGUGCUCAGUGUGGAGCUCUUUCAGUGUGUUUUAAAAAGAGCAGCCAGCCGUUUCCAGGUGUGUAAGGCUGGAGUUUUCUUCCUUGGUUAGACAUUUUGUUUAGUUUCCCUCACAUUUUUUUUUGAUUAAUAAAAUCACCACCUCAUUGAGACCGGAA